CACCCUCCUCCGCCUGCUAGCCAGCCGCCGCACGAGCUCCGCGGCCACCCGGAGACCCGCGGCGCGCGGCGACAUGGCGGGCGGCCACCGCCUCCUGCUGGAGAACGCGCAGCAAGUGGUGAUGGUGUGCGCCCGCGGCGAGCGCUUCCUGGCGCGGGACGCGCUGCACAGCCUGGCCGUGCUGGAGGGCGCCAGCCUGGUGGUGGGCACGGAUGGGUUUAUAAAAGCCAUUGGUCGGGCUGAUGCUAUCCAAACACUGUUUUCUGAAGAAACGUUUGAAGAAAGAAUUGACUGUUCUGGGAAAUGCAUCUUGCCAGGUUUGGUGGAUGCACACACACAUCCAGUCUGGGCUGGUGAAAGAGUUCACGAGUUUGCAAUGAAGUUGGCAGGAGCCACGUACAUGGAAAUUCACCAGGCUGGAGGAGGCAUCAACUUCACUGUGGAGCACACGCGCCAAGCCUCGGAGGAGGAGCUAUUCUGCUCCUUUCAGCAGCGGUUGCAGUGCAUGAUGAGGGCGGGCACCACACUGGUGGAGUGCAAGAGCGGAUACGGCCUCAACCUGGAGACGGAGCUCAAGAUGCUGCGUGUGAUUGAGCGCGCUCGGCGCCAGGGGCCCAUCGGCAUCUCGGCCACUUACUGCGGGGCUCACUCAGUGCCAAAAGGAAAGACUGCUACAGAAGCUGCUGAUGAAAUCAUCAAUAACCACCUCCCAAAGCUGAAGGAGCUUGGCAGCCGUGGGGAAAUACACGUGGACAAUAUAGAUGUGUUCUGUGAGAAAGGCGUCUUUGAUCUCAAUUCCACCAGAAGGAUUCUUCAAAGUGGAAAAGAUCUAGGAUUACAGAUUAACUUUCAUGGGGAUGAACUCCAUCCUAUGAAGGCUGCUGAGCUGGGAGCUGAGCUGGGAGCUCAGGCGAUCAGUCACCUGGAAGAAGUGAGCGAUGAAGGCAUCGCUGCCAUGGCAACGGCCAGGAGCUCCGCUGUCCUCCUGCCCACCACUGCCUACAUGCUGAGACUGAAGCAACCUCGGGCUAGGAAGAUGUUAGAUGAAGGGGUAAUCGUUGCUCUGGGCAGUGAUUUCAACCCUAACGCAUAUUGCCUUUCAAUGCCAAUGGUCAUGCAUCUGGCCUGUGUGAACAUGAGAAUGUCCAUGCCUGAGGCCUUGGCGGCUGCCACUAUCAAUGCAGCUUAUUCGCUGGGAAAAUCUCACACACAUGGAUCUCUGGAAGUUGGUAAGCAGGGAGAUCUCAUUAUCAUCAAUUCGUCCAGAUGGGAGCAUUUGAUUUACCAGUUUGGAGGCCAUCACGAAUUAAUUGAAUAUGUUAUAGCUAAAGGAAAAGUCAUCUACAAAAAAUGAAAGAUCUAAAAAGAAAGAGAAGACUCUUCGACUGUAUAAGUCAAUGCAGUUGUAGUAAAAGUUAAAAUACCAUAGUAAUUUACCAGGGUGAUGUCAGAUAUAUUUCAGUGCUUUGUUAAUCCACUUGAAAAAACCAAGAGAUAAAUUUAUUUUCUUUUAACAUGUGUACCUGGACAUAUAAAUAAGUAAAUCAAUUGGAUCAUAAUCUUAUAACAUUAAAUCAUCUCACAGAGAUUUGUUACAAAUGUUUUGAAGAUUAAUAUGAUGGAGUAUCACCAAAAUGCCUUUGUGGGGAAAGCAGAUUGGCAAUUAGGUAGACACGGCUUGGAAAUCCCAUUUUAUUUCUGCUUUUCAAGUUUCAGUUUUUAAACUACAUUUAGUGAAAAUUAGGGGAUGGUGAGAAAUCCGAGUGAUAUGCCCCAAACUAAGCACGUGUAGCCUUCUAUAAUAGGCUAGUCCUUUCCCCACAUAGUUUGUCUUUACAGAUGUUCUUUGAAUGAAUUAGUGUCUCCUAUGGGAGGGUGUCCCUAUAUUUCUAAUUUCUUCUCAAUUCUAACAAUAGAGCUGCACAACAGAUUUCAAGGCUUGUCAUUUUAUACAUGGGUACAGGGGCCUUCCUCGAAAGGAUGCAUUUUGACCAAAUCCAUUAAUGCGAUUUUUAAAAGUCGUUUUUAAGUUUUUGAUUGUUCACAUUACAAAUGUGUAACAAAAUUUUUGUAGCUCUCAAUAAAUUUUGUAG